AUGCCUCUCACCUUCGCACUCCCUUCUACUCCCUCACCGACUUCGACCGCCUCUUCGAUGACGCCUUCAACGCCCGCGCAGGCCCUGUUUCCCGCCGGGGCGAGUCUGCCGUCCGAGUCAUGCGUCCGAAGAGAACAAUCUCGUCACUGCCACUUCGAGCUCCCGGGUCUCACGAAGGAGGCCGUGAGCCUCGACGUGCGCGACAACAUGCUCAGCGUCUCGGGCGAGUCCACAAUCUCGGCCGAGCGCGACGAGAAGGGCUACGCGGGAAUCAAGCCUGAGGAGAUCAAGGCGUCGAUGACCGACGGUGUGUUGACCGUCACCUUCCCGCGCACCACGCCCGAGCAGGCGCCGCAGAAGGUCAAGAUCGACUGA